AUGCCAUCUCUGAAAUUGCGCGACGGUGUUGAUGCGGUUGAGCCCAAGAAGUUCGUCAUUGGCGGGCUUGUUGUGUAUACUUAUGCUGGAGAAUUAGACCCCUCAAAGCCUCUAUCGUUCGUAGUGGUUGCCCAUCCGCGAUGCUUGGACUACAAGUACGCAGAGGUUCUUUGUCGUGAGAUCGUACAUGCAGUCCCCAAUGCUAUUUGUGCCACUUUCGACCUGCCAAACCACGGCACUCGUACCGUGUCGAAACUCAGUAACGAGGACUGGAAAGAGGGUAACCCCACACAUGCACAGAAUAUGCUCAGCGUUAUUGAUCAAGCCGCUGCUGAAGUUGAGAUGGUCGCGGAGUAUUUACCAAGCUACAUUGGCGUGCUUGCUCAAGCAGUUUCCAACAAGACAGCCGUACCCCUAGUCACUGGUGUAUCUCUUGGUGGACACAUCUCGUGGAAGGUUGGAGUAGGACGGUUUGGAGCCAGUGGAAACAACUACAUUAAAGGAAUAGCCCCGAUCAUUGGCUGCCCUGACACACUCCAGAUGCUCAAAGAUCGGUAUGCCAUCCAGGUUACCGGAGGCAGCGACUUCCCCACGCUCCCACCCAAUGCCUACCAAGACCGAGUCGACCUAAUUGGCAAGCCUUUCCCUGUUCUCGCGCUUUGUGGUGCAGACGACACGCUUGUUCCUGCCAGUUACACUGAACAGUGGGCCAAAGAAGGCACUUUGGCGGCCAACCAAAUAGUCUACGUCCAGCCCAAAACCGGCCACGAGUGCACUCCUGAAAUGAUCGACAUGCUGUGCGACUGGAUCAAUGGCCUAGCAAACAGAAAUCAAUAG